AUGAAUUGUUUGCCAUGCCUUAGAGGAAAAAGUUCUUCUGAGGAAAAGAAAUCAGAAAAGAAGGAAGAUGAAGAGUUGCCUGUGGCACAACCUAAAGAAGAUCCCCUUUCUAAACAACCUUCUUCUGGUAAUGUCGAUGACGAUGACGACGAUGAUGAUAGUUUCGCGAAUGAAGGUUCAGCACGUAGAUUUACUUUCCGAGAGUUGGCCUCUGCCACCAAUAAUUUCAAGCGAGAAUGUCUUCUAGGCGAAAGCGGAUUUGGAAAAGUUUACAAGGGAACUUUGGCUGAUGGCAAGGUUGUGGCUGUGAAGCAACUUGACAGACGUAACACAAAAGCAAGAAAGGAAUUCGUAGUCGAAGUUAUGAAGUUGAGUAACCUUCGCCAUCCGAAUCUUGUGGAACUUAUCGGAUAUUGCGCUGAAGGAGAUCAAAGAGUCUUGGUUUACGAUUACAUGCCAAAGGGUUCGCUUAAAGAUCAUGUCCUAGAACUUCCCCAAGGCAAAAAACCAAUAGAUUGGAUCGCAAGGAUGAAAGCUAUCUCAGGAGCUGCACAAGCUAUGCAGUAUUUGCAUGAGAAGGUUAAUCCACCGGUUUUGUGCCGCAACGUGAAGUCCACAAAUGUUUUGUUCGAUGAGAACUUUGAACCGAGGAUCACAGAUUACGGGCUCGUGAAUCUAGAAAGUUCAUCCGAUUUGCGGCAAAGGGUGGUCGGUACAGUUGGUUGUGCUCCAGAAUUUGAACGUACGGGUGAGCUAACCCGUAAAGCCGAUGUCUAUAGCUUCGGAGUAAUUCUAUUGGAGCUUAUCACUGGGAGAAAAGCAUUGGACACCUCUCUUCCUGCAAAUGAGCAAAAUCUUGUGGCUUGGGCACAACCAUAUUUUAAAGAUCCAAAGAGAUUUCAAGAGUUGGCUGAUCCUAUGUUCAAAGGAAUAAUUCCAGAAAAGAAGUUGAACCAAGCGGUCGGAGUGGCGGCGAUGUGUCUGCAAGAGGAGUCGAGCGUUCGUCCCUUGAUCUCUGACAUCGUAGGAGCUCUUAGCUUCCUCACAUUAGUUCCACCGGAAGGGUUUCCGUCAACACCAGUAGCCGAUAAGGAUGCUCUAGCCAAGAAAGAAGACUUAUCGUCGUCGGAUUCUGACUCAUCGUCAGAUUCAGAAACUGAGCACGUGUCAUGGGCAGAGCUACUACCCCCUCCCAGGCCAGAGCCCGUGCCAGAGCCAUCUGAGCCUGAGCCUGAGUCGGAGCCGGAGCCUGAGUGGGAACAGGAGCCUGAAUGGGAACAGGAGGAGCAUGACUGGGAGUCGGAGCCGGAGCCAGAGCCAGAGACAGAUCCAGAGCUGGAGCCAGAGCCAGAGACAGAUCCAGAGCUGGAGCCGUUGCCGGAGCCAUUGCCGCAGUUAGAGCUAAAUUUGGAAUCAGAUUCAGAUUCGGAUUCAGAUUCGGAUACAGAGCCAGAGCCCGAACCAGAGCCCGAGCCAAAGCCGGAGCCAGUGCUAGAGGCGGAAGCAACAUCUAGUCAUAUAGAUCAAACUACUUUGGAUGAUGGUUCUGACAGUUCAUCAGGAAGUGUCUAUGCGGAAGAUGAUUAUAGCGAGGAGGAAUUCUCAGAUGAAGACAAGAAGAACACAUCAAUCAUGAUGAACCCUAGAUCAAAAUCAAGAAUGAGAAGCAAGAAGAAAGUCAUGUUCAAAACAGAAGGAACCGACUCGAUAAAGCCAAGCACGAAAAGGGUAGAUUCUAGUUUCAGCAAGAAAAGCUAUAAAAAACCUAAAGAUGAUCAAAACUCAGUAAAGCAAAAGCGGAGCAUGCGUAAAUCUGAUUCGAAGGGUGACGACUACGGCAGCGACAUAGAAUUGACAGACGAAAGUGGCGACGAGUUCGAAACUCAAAGGUUUAAAAGUACAAUUUCGAGGUUUACUUCAAGAAGUUACAGUACUGAAUUCCAAGAUGACUGA